AUGGGGUCUCAGAGACCUUCGUCAAAAAGUAUUUUCUUGCUGUGGCGGUGGCAUUGCGACCUCCAAGUUGCAGCGUCGCAGGAACAGGCAGUACUUCUUUCAAGAGCAGACCAGUGUACACGAAGGGUCUCUCACCUAGUUUUACACAGUGAGACUAAAGAAAGCAUCGCAAGCAAAGCUCUCAGCACUUGUAUGACUUGGCAUUGGCAGUGCUUGGCUAAGCUAAGGUGGGGUUGGGGCAACCCAUUGGGCAAGCUGCAUCGACAAGGGCUCCAGCUGUUUGGUGCAAACGGGUGGCAGGUGAUCAAGGAAGAUGAUGAUAGUGUCCUUCCAGCCUUUUGCUGGCCCGCCCGCCAAGCCAGCCACUUUCCAGCUCGUAGCUCGUCGGAAGACCUGCCACUGAUCCGACCAUUUCCCCAGGAGUUCACGAGGAGACUUGACAACAAGGCCAGCCUUGCAAAACUUCUUUCAGCAGGAGGAUGCCAUGACAUACACCCGGACACCUGGGAUGCGCAGAUCUUUCUGAAAGAACCACCAGUGUCGACGGAGUCAGAGGUGUUUUUCCUGAAGCACAGCCUCGGAGUAAAAGGCACGGGAGUGAAUGUAUAUCGUCGAGCUGCACUAAUGAGUCGCCUCAAUGCCUUGGGGCCAAAAGGUUGUGAGCCCUUCGUCGUGCAACGUUGUGUUGCACCUCCAGCGCUUCGAAACGGGCGUAAAUGGGUGAUUCGAGCCCACGCAUUGUUACACGGAAAAACAGAUGGCAGGCUGUGCCUUUUCUUACACAAUGAAAUGAUAUCUUUGGAGUACGGACAGGUGUACACAGAGCAGCCUGAGGUCAAAGCUGCCCAUGUUAGCAACAGCGCCAAGAUCAAGUACCUCCCAAAGCCUGAGCUCGUCCAAGAUGAUUCGCUGAUUCAACAGCUUCGAUCACUUACCCAAAGGCUAUUUGCUUCUGUCCUUGAGCAUGUGCCCAGAGGACCAUUCACACCCAAAGAAGCAGAACUGUGUCAGAUAUUUGGCUUGGAUGUGAUUCUCGACGGGAUGGGAAAAGCUUGGCUGCUUGAAGUCAACGACUACCCAGCAAUUGCAUCUGGAACUAUGGAGCAUGUGGACUUGAGGGUUUACACAAACCUUGUACGCGAUGUGCUUCGCCUGGUUGUGCUUCCAAAAGUCGAUGGCACAGUUUCUGCGCUUGGAGGUUGGCAUCCAAUUAAGCUGCCGGCAGCCCCAGCAGUGGCCGCCAAGCCGUCUGCUUUGGCAUUAGACGAUGAGUGCACAUUGGAGGAGUGUGCACUUGACGCAUUGCAAAGAAGAGCUCGGACAUUUGAGUUGCCGCCACCAAGUGAAGUGGAAACAGCGCCUGACGACGAGAACCUCAAGCCUGAUGAUGCUUCAGCUCCGGCAGAAUCUCCGAAAGAGACAGCCGAUGUCGGGGUUGAGGACGCCCCAGCUCCAGAAUCUUCAAACGACGCCGAAGUCAAUGGCGCUCAGGCCGAGGGCAGCGUGGGAAGCAGCAAUGGCACGACCUCAAAGGCUCCGAGCAACGCAAGCAAUUCCUCGGCCACUGUCAGCCAGGACGUGGAUGCAGAUAGCAAGGCAAACGUCACUGGCAACAACACCAAUGCAUCGGUGAACGUGGAGGCCAAUUGCGCGGAAGCGUAUGCGCAGUGCGGUGGCAUUGGUUGGAAAGGUGCCACUUGCUGCAAAGGAGGCAGACUUUGCCAUGAGUCAAACGAUUACUACGCCUCCUGCAUGACAGAGAAGGAAGUGACUAUAGCAAACAUCCCGACGACGACUACAACCACUACAAAUAAAGAUCCGGAGCACUGCCAGCUGGGGUAUCAGCAAUGUGGUGGACUGACCACCAGUGGAGUUCCUUUCAUUGGAAAGCCAUGCUGCGAGGGAGGAUAUUAUUGCACAGAGGUCAAUGAGAACUACAAGCAAUGUGAGCCUCCCAAGAAGGGCGGCCCCCACUUCGUGUACAAGCCGUCGGAGCAGCUAAAGAAACCCAGCGAUGCACCGCUCUUCACCUUCUAUGUCUACAGAGCCGAAUCUGACGAUGAAGACUACGUCACAAAUGUCAAUGUUGCAAAUUUGCCUCGAGUGAUGUGGUAUCUCCACAACGAGGUUGUCUGGCAGACGCCACGCAAGUUCAACAUUUCCAGGAUCUACCGGCACAAGAUUUCGACACGUGCGACUGCACCUCUCUUUGCCCUUGGCAUGAAUUUUGGAGUUCGCUUUGCCUACGACUCUGCCCAGUGCACAGGUCCUUGGAAUUGCGAUCUGAAUUUUGAGAAGUAUGGCUAUUUUGUUGGAUGCAAUAACCUGGGACAAUUUCCGUUUCCAACAUACAAGAUUUAUUAUGAUGAUGCCAAGUGGUACACUCUUCCGGGCCCGUGCUCUUCCAACACCUUUGCGGAGAAGGAUGCUAGUUGCAACCGCGACCAGCCCGGUGGGAUGUGUGAAGGAACCCCAACUGGACAGGGCAACUGCACCUACAGUAUUUCUGACGCUGGAGUGUUGGAAUUGGAUGAGAUAGAAGGCAUCUCCAACUAUGCUGCAUUUGUGAAAGCUGGGUAUGAAGAGUUCAACAAGACAGCCGACAAAGGAUUCGGUCUAACGUUCUGGGAUGGCUUGAACGACACCGAUGCAAAUGCAGCCAGAGUUGCUCAUGUCGCUGAUCUAUUCAAGAAAAAGUAUCCCGAUAUGCCCAGCUAUAGCGAGAUGACUGCACCAGCUUGCGAUUUCAAAUUUGAAGAGUUCUACACGGGCACCACAACUACAACGACGACCACAACCACCACGACCACGACGACCACCACCACAACCACUACCACUGUCUCCGUAGCUCCAGCCAACUGCGAAGAUGCAAUGCCUGGCAGCAAGUGCUACAGCGCCGUUCGGUGGGCCAUGAGAGAUGGCAUACAUGUACAUCCCCGCUGGUAUCCUGGCCUGUCAGCCAGCUCAAGCUUCUCUGACUUCCAGGCUCAGGUGCACAAGGCCUCGCCAAAUGUUUGUCCUGUGCCCUGUGGCUCUGCUGCGAGUGCAUCUCCAUCCCCAGCAGCUCCAGCCACAACUGCAGCCCCAGCUGCAGCGAUACCAGGUUGCAGAGAUGUGAAAGCCGGAGAGUCUUGCUAUUCUGCAGUAAGAUGGGCAAUGCUUCACGGCAUUCGUGAGCAUCCACACUGGUACCCUGGCCUCACGGCCAGCUCAAGUUUCCAAGACUUCCAGGCUCAAGUGCACAAAGCCACACCCAAGAAGUGUCCUCCACCGUGCUCAUGA